AUGUCACUACUACUUCCCCAUCGGAUACCGACUAUCCUGUCCUUCCUCUAUCCACCCUGGGCUACACUGCUUCCUCGAUUUACCUGCCGUCACGAAUCCUCCUCUCGUCGAACUACUAAAAAGCUACGGACGAAGCCCAAUGUUUCUUCGCUCACGGCUUCAGUCUCUCCAGACAACGUCAAUGACUACAUAGUCUUCAAUCCUCCUUCUUCGGCUCCCUCGCCAUAUCAUACCCCGGCGGCUUUUCUCCCUCGAGAUGACCCACGGCGCGACUUACUCUCCCAAUCACAUCUCCAUUCUAACCCCUAUGUCGACCUGAGACGAUCCCUACCACCGCUCGCACGCAAAACACAAAAGCAAAAGAAGUAUCAUUUGACUCCGAAGCAGAUUGAAGAAAUCAGAGAAUUACGGACAAAAGAUCCCUGGAAGUGGACGAGAAAACGCUUGGCUGAGAGGUUCGACUGUUCGCAAUUUUUUGUCGGAAUUGUUGCUGAGGCGCCGACGGAGAGGAAGAGAAGUGAGAUGGCUAAGCUUGAGGCUGUGAAGGAGAGAUGGGGCUGGAGGCGGCGAAAUGCGAGAGAGGAAAGGGGCAAACGGCAGGAGCUGUGGGGUAUGGACAAAUAG